AUGGCGCAUCGCGCAAGGACCGGCAGCGAUGAUCAGAAUUUGCGAUUUUCGAAUAGUAAUCUCAAAUGCUCUGCUUCCGACUCUGGAUUGGAGAAAUCUCUGGGCUUUUCGCCCUCGCCCGUCGUUGCCGAGACUUCAGAAGACGGCCGGGUCAACAUCGAUCUCGACUCUCCGCUCACCAAAACUCUCUUGACUUUAGCAAGCAAGCGAGGCACUACGGAGAGUCAACAUACUCUCAGUAGGCGAUUCUCUGUACACCGAGCGUGGAAAAUCAAAUUGAACAUCGUUGUGCAAGUAGUCGGGAGUCGUGGCGAUGUGCAGCCUUUUGUUGCUCUUGGGAAGGAACUGCAAAGGUAUGGGCAUAGAGUGCGACUAGCUACUCACAAUGUCUUCGAAACCUUUGUCCAAGAUUCUGGUCUCGAAUUCUAUCCUAUUGGUGGCAAUCCGAAGGAGUUGAUGGCAUACAUGGUGCAGAACCCGGGACUCCUCCCGAGCACGCAAAGUCUUCGUCAAGGUAACAUCCAGAAGAAGCGUGCCAUGGUUGCCGAGCUAUUAGAUGGAUGUUGGAGCUCGUGUAUCGAGCCUAAUACAGCUGGCCAGCCCUUUGUCGCUGACGCAAUAAUUGCUAACCCACCAAGUUUUGCGCAUAUUCACUGCGCGCAAGCUUUGGGUAUACUAAUCCAUCUCAUGUUUACAAUGCCAUGGAGUAGCACUAAGGCUUUCCCACAUCCACUAGCAAAUUUCAGAGCCAGUGAGAUAUCACCUGCCAUAAUAAAUCAGGUCAGUUAUGGCAUCAUUGAAUGGCUGACUUGGCAAGGACUCGGAGACAUCAUCAACAAGUGGAGGCACGCCUUGGAUCUUGAACCAAUUCCAUCUACAGUGGGGCCUGUACUUGCGGAAGCCCUCAAGGUACCCUUUACGUACUGUUGGUCCCCUGCACUUGUUCCCAAGCCUUCUGACUGGGCAGAGCACAUCGAUGUGUGCGGUUUCUUCUUCCGGGAUCCUCCUGAUUAUCUUCCGCCUCCAGAGCUUGUGAAGUUCCUCCAGGAUGGCUCCCCUCCAAUCUACAUUGGGUUUGGCAGCAUUGUCAUUCAGGAUCCUGUGAAGAUGACAACAAUGCUUCUUGAAGCUAUCCGAAUUUCUGGUGUGCGUGCGAUUAUCUCACGUGGAUGGAGUGGACUAGGCGAAGGACUACCAUCGACUGCUGAUGUGUUAUUUGUUGGUGGCUGCCCACAUGAAUGGUUGUUCCAGCGCGUUGCAGCAGUUGUGCAUCAUGGUGGAGCGGGAACCACCGCAUGUGGACUAUCGAAUUCAUGUCCAACUGUUGUCGUUCCUUUUUUUGGAGACCAAGCGUUUUGGGGAAACAUGAUUGCCGCCGCUGGCACUGGUCCGAAGCCUAUACCACAAAAGGUACUUGACAGCGAGAAUCUCGCAAAAGCAAUAUCAUUCUGCUUGACCGAAGAGGCCAAGACUGCUGCGAAGAUGAUAUCGCACAAGAUGUUCACGGAGAAUGGUGUAAAAGCGGCUGCACAGUCUUUCCACGCAAAUCUCUCACACACUAUGAUACAAUGCGACUUGAUGAAGAAUCAUCCUGCGGCAUGGAAAUGUCGAAAAUACGACAUCAAGCUUUCGAAAUUGGCCGCACAAAUUCUUCUGGACAACGGCCUCAUAUGCUCUGCUAAUCUGACUAUACAUCAAACCCGACCAUUCAGCAUCCACAACAAUCGAUGGGAUCCCGUAACAAGUACCACUUCGGCUUACGUUUCUUGGCUUCAUGACAUGACCCAUUCUUUGGUCGGCGUCGUCAGCUCGCCGAUAUUAGAACUACGACAUUGCAUCGCCGAAGGAGUAAAUGGAGGCGCCACCGCGGGGCGCAUAGCUACCGCAUCAGCUAAGCAGAUUGGAAGGUUCAACAUGAGCAUUGUGAAAGGCUUGGUCGACAUUCCUUUUGCAUGUGCUGAGGGUUUCAAUGCGGUCCCCACGCUAUAUGGAGAGAAAGUUAGGGAUCAUGGGAAUGUCAAGGACUGGAGCAGUGGAUUCGCCGUCGCGGGCAAGAAUUUUGCGUAUGGCGUGACUGAUGGUGUGACGGGACUUUGGAUGCAGUCGUACGCGAAUGGAAAAGCGGAAGGAUCCAUCGGUGUGGCCAAAGGCAUUGGUAAGGGUGUACUCGGUCUUGGGAGUAAGCUUGCAUCCGCAGGAAUAGGCCUCGUGGGCUAUUCUGGACAGGGUAUAAGCAAAAGCAUUCGUCACGCAGCAAAAUCGCGGAUGAGAAGAAAGAUCGCUGCGGCGAAACUUGCAGAGAGCGCAUACCUUGGAGAGCUUCAUGCUACAGAAGAGGAGGUCCUGAAUGUCGUCAAUGCCUUCAAGCUCUUUCAGCAAAGAGAAACGGCAUGA